GCGGGCUGCGCGGGGAGGAGCGGUGCUCGCGAGUCGGUCCCGCCGCCCCCGCCGCGCCGCCAUGCACUGAGCGCCGCCCGCCCGCCCGCCGACAUGGGGCCGCUGCCCGCGCUCCUGCUGCUGCUGCUGCUGCUGCCGCCGCGCGCCGCGCCCGCGCCCCGCGCCCGGCCGCUUCCGGGGCUUCUCGGCUGCCUGUUCGAGGAUGGCCUCUGCAGACCGUCUGAGACCUGUGUCAACGACGGAGUGUUUGGAAGGUGCCAGAAGGUUCCAGCGAUGGACACACACCGCUACGAGGUGUCGCCAGGAGCUCUGCAGCACCUGACGGCCACCUUGCAGAAGCUGUCGCGGACAGGCUUCACGUGGCAGGACGACUACACCCAGCGUGUGAUGGCCCAGGAGCUCUCGGACCUGCCCCACGCCUACCCGCGACAUCUGGAUGCCUCCGACACAGCCAGGAGCUUGGAGCGGAGUGCAGAGAAGGAGCGGAAGCCCAGUCUGCAGGAGGCCGGUGCCCUGGCCAGGGCUGUCCAGCGCUACUUGCCAUACCUAGAGGCCCUGUCACAGGCCGCAGCUCCAAACGCUCAUCCCGCGACCAGGCUGGACAGACCAGCAGCUCAGGGUGAGGACCCCCGCGCCGACGGCGUGCUGACCUUCACUGCGCAGACAGCCGCUCUGACCUAUGCUCCUGGGCCCUGGGCCGAGCACCCCGGGAGCCGCCCUUUGGGGACCCGCGGCCGGCUGCAGCCUGACGAGCUCAGCCCCAAGGUGGAUGGCGGUGCCGAAAGGCAGAGCCCGGUCGCCGCGCUGGUCACUGCUGUGGCUCGGAAGCCCCCUGCACCCCACAGGGAUGACGACCCAGGGCCUCGACACCGGCUGCGCGGACCUUGGAAAACAGCGCGGGUCCUCUCGGCCCCAGCAGCCCUCCGGAAAUGGUCUCUGCCUCCAGGAGACCCCGAGGACCCCCCAGCCUUGGGCGAUGAAACACUCAUCCGGAGCCUCUUGAAGGACCUGGGAAGGCAGCCGGCGCCGGCGGAGGGCCUGAGCCCCCUGGAGCUCGGCGAGAUGGCCCACAUGGUUGCGGCCGCCGUGCAGGGAGCAGGUGCCGACGGGGAGCUGCGAGGAGCCGAGAAAGGAGCCGCGGGAAAGCCGGGAGAGGCCGGCGUCCGCCAGCAGGCCGGGGACAGCGGGGCAGAUGACCGCGGGCCGGACGGCGGAGGUGGAGCUGACGAGGAGGUCAGUCAUCUGGGCCUCAGACUUGGGGACCACCUCCAGCAUCCUGGGCCCCAACUCUUUCCUGCCGCCCCCGUUCUCAUGGAGCCCUUCAAAACGGAGAUGAAGAAAUCGGAGACCCCCAAGGUGCCCCUGACGUGGGGGGUGGAGGACGUCACGAGUCAGACCUACUCCAAGGACCGGCUGGACAGGCCGCGUCCCGCACAGCCCCAGGGGCGUGGCUUUGGCGAGCUCCAGGCCUGGGUGCCGGGGCCCUCGCAGGAAGAUGCCGGCCUUGAAGCCAGAGCCCGGGGACGCCCCAGUGAGAGCCUGUGGCUGGCGGCCCGGCCUUCGCAGGAGGAAGAAGGCUACAUUGUGACCGGGAAUGACCCCCUGAGUCCAGAGAAGGGGAAGGAGCUGAUGGAGGGCGUCGCGCGUCUCCUGGAGGUGCCGAUGAGUGUCUUCGCGGAGAUCGCUGUUCUGGGACCAGCCGUGACCUUCAGAGUGAGUGCCAGUGUCCGGAACCUGACGGCGGCAGACGUGGUGCAGGCUACAGCUGACGGCAAGGAUGAGCUGGAACAAGCAUCUGGACUGAAGAUCGUGCGGGCCGGGAGCGGGUCGAAAAGCAAACUCAGGGUUCUGCCGCACGGAGCUGAGCAAGAGGACUCGACCCCGUUCAUCGUGCUGACCCUGGUCUCUGUCGUCGCCAUGGUUGGAGUCCUCCUGGCCUCUGCGGUCAUCUACUGCCUGCGCCACGCCUCCCACUCCCGGCUGCAGGAGAAGCUCUCGGGGCUCGGGGAGCACCCCGGCCCGGAUGCCACCGCCGCCUACCAGGAGCUGUGUCGGCAGCGCAUGGCCGUGCGCACGUCAGAGCGCCCAGAGGCCCCGCAUGCGUCCCGCGUCAACAGCGUCUCCUCGCAGUUCAGCGACGGGCCGAUGCCCAGCCCGUCCGCACGGAGCAGCACGUCGUCCUGGUCUGAGGAGCCCGUGCAGUCCAACAUGGACAUCUCCACCGGCCACAUGGUCCUGGCCUACAUGGAGGACCACCUGAAGAACAAGAACCGGCUGGAGAAGGAGUGGGAGGCGCUCUGUGUCUACCAGGCCGAGCCCAACAGCUCGCUCGUGGCCCAGAGGGAGGAGAACGUGCCCAAGAACCGCUCUCCGGCGGUGCUGACCUACGACCACUCCAGGGUCCUGCUGAAAUCCGAGAACAGCCACAGCAACUCGGACUACAUCAAUGCCAGCCCCAUCAUGGAUCACGACCCCAGGAAUCCCGCCUACAUCGCCACCCAGGGACCGCUGCCCGCCACCGUGGCCGACUUCUGGCAGAUGGUGUGGGAGAGUGGCUGUGUGGUCAUCGUCAUGCUGACGCCCCUCUCGGAGAACGGCGUCCGGCAGUGCUACCACUACUGGCCCGACGAAGGCUCCAACCUCUACCACGUCUAUGAGGUGAACCUUGUCUCCGAGCACAUCUGGUGUGAGGAUUUCCUCGUCAGGAGCUUCUACCUGAAGAACCUGCAAACCAGCGAGACGCGCACCGUGACCCAGUUCCACUUCCUGAGCUGGUAUGACCAGGGAGUGCCUUCCUCCGCGAGGUCCCUCCUGGAUUUCCGCAGAAAAGUAAACAAGAGCUACAGGGGCCGUUCUUGUCCAAUAAUUGUUCACUGCAGCGACGGCGCGGGCAGGAGCGGCACCUACGUCCUGAUCGACAUGGUUCUCAACAAGAUGGCCAAAGGCGCCAAGGAGAUCGACAUCGCCGCGACCCUAGAGCACCUGAGGGACCAGAGACCAGGCAUGGUCCAGACGAAGGAGCAGUUUGAGUUCGCGCUGACGGCCGUGGCCGAAGAGGUGAACGCCAUCCUCAGGGCCCUCCCGCAGUGACCCCGAGGCUGGGAGCGGCCCGCGCCCGGGACCGUUGCCGCGCAUCGCGAUGCCGCUCAGCUCUGCGUCUCCAGUGUCCCUCCCUCGUCCGCACGGUCCCCGAAUCCAAUGUGCAUUCGUGUCCACCCAGAUCAUGCUAAGGGGAGACGUGUGGGGUCAUCGGUCCCAGGGACAGUCACCGUAUCUGCUGUCACUUCCGCUCCACGCUCUUCCCCGCAGUGUCGCAGCAGUGACGCAGCAGUGACCCACGUCUCCCCGCACAGAGCUGGCUCGUGGCUGCAGCUUGGAGGGACGGGCCAGCUGGGCGGGGGCAGGUGGCGGAGAAAGCCGGCGGCACGCGGAGUGCGUGAAGACCGCCGAGCGCAGGAGAGACACUUGGCGUUUGUCUGGUGGGGGCGGAUGGCCGGGAGGGCCCGGCUGCUGUUACCCUCACCGGCUGCCACUUCGGGGAAGCGAGGAUAACACGGUCCCGGCCUCUCCCCUCUGCUCCGGUGCAGGCGACACCGCCCCCGGGCUGUUGACAGCCCAUCUCCGCCCCCCGCCCCCCAAAGGGCAGGAUCUCUGGGCACACAAGCCCCAGGCCAGCCGCCCCGGGGGAGGCCUCCCAUCGCCCACCAGUCUAGAGCCACAUUUUUAACUUUAAAGUCCAGAUUUGCACGUUGCCAAAGCAGCUCCUGCUAAUCCACUCUUUCCUUGGGGAUGACGGGAACUGGGGGAGCCGGCCAGGCAGGUAGCGAGCUCCGGGGUCCCCGGGGAGCCCCCUGGCCCCCGCAGGCACCUGUGCUCCCCUCUCGGGGGAUGUCCUGGGCCCUGCCGGCGUCGAGAGCAGCGCCUGGGCUCCCCGCUCGCAGAAGGAGAUGCAGGGGGACGGGCGUUUCCGGCUUUGCUGGGUGUGAGGUCCCCGCUGCACGGAGAAGAGUGGAAACCGCAGCAUUUUCUGGGCCUCGCCCGGGUCAGCUGGGUCAGACAUGGGUGUGACCUGAGUGUCUUGAGGCGAUUUGAAUUUGCCACCCACCCACCCACACCCCACCCGAGAGAGAGGAACUCGUGUCGCUGGAAUGCCGGCUUCUAAGAAGGCAGACAGACAGGCUGCAGACAGACAGGCUGCAGCUUUCGUGAUACGACUCGGUGCGGGGAGACCCUCGGUAGCCUUCCUCGCCUGCCGACCCCACACAUUCUUCCCGCCCUGAGCAGAGUCUGCCUCCCGGGACCCAGCAGCGUCCGCGGCCUGUGCUGGGGAGGAAGAGGCCAGAACACCGUCUGCGUCUUGAAGCGACACUCAUGCCAUCUGCUCUCAUAGACCCGUGACUGUUUCCAGAGUUGUCUCUCCCUGUCUGGAAUCGAAAUAAUGAAUAGAAACAAAUUUAUCUGAAUAUAGGAAGCAUAUACCUACUUGUAAUUUCUAACUUCUGAUGUUUCAAACAAUCCUCCAGUGUGAGAUAUAUGAAUAUAUUUAGUUGUGUCAGAUUAAACUUUUGAUUUCACAUUC